UCUGUAUCUGUAUCUGUAUCUGUAUCUGAUCGACUCCAUUUUCGACAUUCUGUCUUCACUCUCAUUCCAUUCCAUUUCAAUAUCACUUCUCCGCGACGCCAUUAAUGGCAUUCACAGCAGCAGCAGCAACAGCUACAGCUACAGCCCCCACAUGGGGAUGACAUGCCGCUGUCAGAACUACCCUACCCCCCUCUACCCUUCCAAUAAAUAUCUUUCUUUCACUCUUUCCAAUUCCAUAAAAUUUUCAGUCACAGAUCAAAUUUCGAAUCUAAUCUCAUCUCCACUGCACUGCUCUGCAUCCAUUCGGAGAUGUUCUGUUCGUCCCCUCUGUUUUACCGCUAAUGGAGGAGGAGUUUCAAUGUUUCAUCACUACUUGAAUUCAAACUACACUCUGCGGUAACCGUCGUAAAUCAGAAUUUCCAGAUCGGGAUUAUCAAUGGGGAGCUCCGAGGAGAGAGUUGUGGCUGUAAUCAUGGUCGGCGGACCUACCAAAGGAACCAGAUUCAGACCGCUCUCGUUGAACACUCCCAAACCCCUCUUUCCAUUGGCCGGACAGCCGAUGGUUUAUCAUCCAAUUUCUGCCUGCAAACAGAUCCCUAAUCUCGCACAGAUCUACCUUAUUGGUUUCUACGAAGAACGCCAGUUUGCUCUGUUCGUCUCCUCCAUUUCCAACGAGCUUAGAGUUCCUGUUAGGUACUUAAGAGAGGAUAAGCCACACGGUUCAGCCGGCGGCCUCUAUAAUUUUCGAGACUUGAUCAUGGAAGAUAGCCCGUCGCACAUUUUCUUGCUGAAUUGCGACGUUUGUUGCAGCUUUCCGUUGCCUGAGAUGCUCGAGGCGCAUAAGUCGUACGGUGGGAUUGGGACGAUUUUGGUGAGCAAGGUGUCGCCGGAGUCGGCGAAUCAGUUCGGGGCACUUGUAGCCGACACCGUCACAAAUGAACUGCUGCACUACACGGAGAAACCCGAAACUUUUGUGAGCGACCGUAUAAAUUGUGGCGUGUAUGUAUUCACUCCCGAUAUCUUUACAGCCAUUCAAGGCGUUUCGACCCAAAGAAAAGAUCGAGCUACGCUGAGGCGACUAUCGAGUUUCGAAGCGCUUCAACCGGCGCACAGGAGUUUUCCAUCGGACUUUGUUCGAUUAGAUCAGGACAUUCUAUCACCAUUUGCCGGGAAGAAGCAGCUGUACGUGUACGAAACCUCGGAUUUCUGGGAACAGAUUAAAACCCCCGGAAUGUCCCUGAAAUGCUCUGGGCUGUACCUCGCCCAGUAUCGGUUCACCUCCCCCCAUCUCCUGGCCGGCGGAGACGGUAAAACCAAGGCUUCAAUUUCCGGCGACGUCUAUAUUCAUCCGUCUGCAAAAGUUCAUCCAACGGCAAAGAUUGGCCCCGACGUUUCGAUCUCGGCAAAUGCUCGGAUCGGAGCGGGUGUGAGGCUCGUCAACUGCAUUAUCCUCGACGAUGUCGAGAUCAAGGAAAAUGCGGUUGUGAUCCAUGCCAUCGUCGGGUGGAGAUCCUCGAUCGGAAGAUGGUCCCGAGUCCAGGCAACGGGCGAUCACAAUGCAAAGCUCGGGGUUACAAUCCUCGGCGAAUCGGUCGGAGUCGAAGACGAAGUGGUGGUUACCGGCAGCAUUGUACUUCCGAACAAGACUCUGAAUGUCAGCGUUCACGGCGAGAUUAUACUGUAAGAUUACUUCCUACAACCUCUCUCUGUGUUGUUAAUUAGUCAGUCUUUUGGUACAUAGACAUCAUCUAUAGGUAAAUUAUUCAUAUAUACCUUUGAUUAUUUUGGAAAAUUCGAUCUGCUGGGAAUUUGUUGUUCUACUUUCUAAUGUUUAGUUACCAAUAAAUAAAUAAUACUCUCUCGAUCGUGGAA